CUGACGUCUGCCUAUGCAUUCACUGACUACAGGUUACAAGGACAAACGAUUAGCCCCUCAAUCAUAGACAUCGGCACUUCACCCAGUGCAGAACUCACCCCAUUUAAUGCAAAUGUUGCCCUAUCCCGAGGACAUGGCAAGGGUCACAGGUGA